UUGUUAGUAAACAUCGGAAAAAUUCUUGGUUGGUCUUGCGAACGCAAUUUAGAUAGUUUUCUUCCCUUUGAAAUUUUUUUUAACUAUUUAAAAGUAAAAAUGUAUUUAAUAUCGGAAUACAGUACGCUUUACCUGAGUUUUUUUAAUCUUUUGAUUGUGUCAGGUUUAUCAGUCUAUCGAAAGCGAACUGCCAACUUUAGCACGUGGGGUACUGUCAGUGAUUACAACAUUGAGACAGUAAUGAGAAACUCGCAUUUCAGCUAUGGCUAAUAUACACUGUCAGUUACUUUUUGCUACAAUUUUGUACGGUUUAGUGUUUGUGGGUAGUAUUAUAGUAAUUUCUUCUUUAGCUUAUGCAAAGUCUUCCAAUGACGGUAAAUGCUACCUGUAUAUCAGAAAAGACACCAAAGAACCUUCUGAAUUACCAUGUUCGAUAAUCAUAUAUUCAUCCGGUGCAGCUACAAUGUACGCUCUUGUGAUGGCUAUUUAUCAUGGAUAUGGAACCAUUGUUGCUUCAAGGGAAAGUCAUAUUGGGAGAACUAUGUGGGUUAUGCCAUGGCUGCUUAUUAAUUCUUUUGCUGUGGUCAUGAUAUUUAUUUGUGCCUGUGUAUACUCUAUUGGAUUUCAUAUAACUUGUUCAUUCGAUAAAGAAUUUGCGUUUACUGGCUGUGAAAAAUUUCCUGAUUAUAAGACAAAAUUUGUUUGCGAAAUAAGUGGUUGGAUAAAUCUCCUUUUAUGGAGUUGUCUAGUGGCCAUUGAAGGCGUCCGGUUAGCUAGAAAUCGACGUGCCAGAUCACGGGAAGUUUAUGUUGAUCCGAGUGCAUCAGAUGUUGUGAGCAUAGGAAAUAUAGUUCCAACUGCAUAACAGUAUUUAUUUCAUUUCUUAAGAAAUCUUUAGUUUGGUAUUAUUUUACUAUGUUAACGUCAAACUAGUCAAAAAUACUUUUAAACAACUUUCAUUCCUCAUAUCACAGAUUAUUAUACUGCAACGCAUAUUGGUUAUUAAUAACUAUAUUUUUCUAUUUCAUGUAAAUUACUAAUUAGUUUGUAGAAAUCUGAAAUCAAUUUAUUGUUGAUGUUGUAUUUAUAGUUAUAUAAAUUUUAGAAUAUUGUUGAAAUAUAAAAUUUAACUAUAUCCUAAAAUUAAUACUGUAUUAAAUAAGUAUUAUCUUCAAAGUAAAUUUAUCAUUUAAGGUGUCAAUAAUUGAUAAAUGACACUACAGUAAUAUUUUAUUAUUUGUAAAGUCAUUAAAUGAAUAGUAGUUGUUUCUCAUAAUAAAUGUUGGAAGUUUGUUUUUUAGAAUAAAGAAAAAAUUAGUAUUAAAAUCCCAAAUAUGAUUGAAUUUCAAUAUCAGAAGUAAAUUAGAGGCAAGAAAUGUAAUAUCAUACAACGAGCUUCUUCUCUAAUUUGACAUAGUUUGCUGUGAUAUUAGCCAACGAGUUUUUUUGUGCAUGCUUUUUUUAAUUGUAAAAGGAACUAUUUUUCCUGUUACAUGUAUUUACAUUAAAAUUAAGGUGCAAUGAUUUUUAUAUUAUUUAUCAUAUAAAGGGCAAGGCUUUUCUCUUUAUAUUUUUUUAUCACUUGACUAUGAUAUUCUAUAGGAAAAUUCAAGUAGGUAAUAUGGUUAUAUAAUUUAGAUGAAUCACAAAAAUAUCAAACUUCUAUUUACUAUUGCAUUAUAUGCUGUCGAUGAAAAGUCUGGAAUUUUCAGAGAGCAUAUAUAAUUUUACGAUUUAAAUGCAUGUUUUAUCUAAGUUUUUUUUAAAAAAAGGUUGCAGUAUUAUGUUCUGCAGACAGUGUUUUAUUUAGUGUUUAAUGGAAUUUUUAUAGAUGUAUGACUUUAAGGGAAACAUUCUUAAUUUCUUGGAGAACUUGGUGAUUUCAUUUUUUGAUGAGAUGUAAAACAUUUUUCCGGUGUGUAUUAAAUAUUUUGAAAUGCUUAAAAUUUUCUUCAGUUGUGUUUUAGUGUACCAAAGAUCAUUUGUAUUUUCAUUUACUGAUUAAUAAAAGUGUAUAUUCUUCUAA